CCUAGGUAUUGUGUAGUCUUUAGCGUUUGACUCGUUGUCAAUUUUUGCGUACGAUCAACGCGUACCAUUCGAAAUGAGUGCCGCAUUGUUCGCGUGUUCCCGUUGUUUUUCCCGUCACCCCUUCGAGGAACUGUCCGCCGGCCAACAACUGUGCAAAGAGUGCAGAGGAGCGUUUCCGGUGGUGAAAUGCACGUACUGCCGUUCGGAGUUUCAGCAGACUUCUAAGGGGAGCACGAGCACGAUCUGCAAGAAAUGCGAACAGAACGUGAAAUCGUACGGUAAACCGACUGCGUGCGAGUACUGCAACAUAAUCGCCGCGUUCAUCGGCAACAAGUGCCAGAGGUGCACGAAUUCCGAAAAGAAGUACGGUCCGCCAGUCAACUGCGAACAGUGCAAGCAGAAGUGCGCGUUCGACAGGCACGACGACGACAAAAAGGUCGACGGUAAACUAUUGUGUUGGCUCUGCACACUUUCCUUCAAGCGUGCCCUUGCCAAAACCAAGCAGAGCGAUGCCGAACGUCGGGCCCACAUCAAGAUGUCCUCUCAGCUGCAUAAAAAACACAAGGAGCCAAAGAUGCGCAGCCACAACAAGCGGCCGAACAGACCCGACGUGACCAAAAUGCCGCCCUCGGAGGAGGGAGCGCCACCGAACAAGGUGGCGCGUAACAACGCCGCCCCGGGCCUAGUAAGGGCGGACCUGGAUCCGAACUCGUCGGAUCACGUGGUCGCCAUGACCCAACUGAAGGAACAGAUCGCCAGCUUGCAGAAGCAGCUGGCGCAAAAGAACGCGCAACUGUUGCAGAGAGACAAGACGAUAACGGAGCUUAAAGCGAAUCACUUCACCACCGAGAACGAGCUGCGCACCAAGCUCAAGAACUCGCAGAAGGAGUACAACGACAAGGUGGACAUGCUCAACAUAAAGAUACAGAACCUGCUGAAGGAGGUCGCCAGUCUGUCGAAGACAGCGAAGAAGAAUUCGAAGGGGGCCAACAGGGGCGGCGGUGGCGGUGCCACCUCCGACAACAACAAGGAGUCGUCGACGACGAUAACGGCGGCCAAGGAGGGCACAGAAAAUUCGAAUAACAGCAGCGGCACGGACAGUCCGAGCAUCUCGUAGAUUACAUAUCAGUUGGGUGGGUAAGCAAUCAAAAACCACACGCCUGUGUUGUAUACAAAUAAACAAAACGUUUUGAAAUAACAUAUUUUUGAUAUCUGGAGAACAAUAGCUUCUUUAUUUAGUCUUUCGUUUUUGGGUAGUUUUACGAUUUGUAGGUUCGACGCUGUCACACACGUGAUGGGCGUACAGUAUUAUUAUUUCCUGGUUGUUUGUAUGUUUUUCUAUGAACGUGCGCACAACGUUAGUUAAUAAAAUCAAACGCAAAAAAAACAUUUUUAAAUAGAUUGUAGUUAUAAUCCAUAGUUAAAUGCGAUUCCGUGUACCACAAUUGUUUGGACAUUCGAUGACAUUGUAAUUUUUUUGAGUGAUAAAUGUGAUAUUUCGGAACUGACUUCGAUUUUAAUGAUAAAAAUGUAUUUGUUGAUUCACUGGUUACUUUAGUUCUUGGGAAAAACGCUGCUAAUAUAAUUAAAAAAUUAUUUCUGAUAAAUAUGUUGAAUUUAAGAAGUACCUAAUUGUUUAGGUUCAAUAAAUUGCAUUGAAUUAAUUGUUCUCUCAUUGUCUAUUAAUUUAUACAAAUUAAUAUUGAAUUGUGGUCACGUUUUUCUCAGAAACUUUGAAAGAAAUCAAACUUAAAAUUACUUUCUACUCUUUAAGUUGAUGGAUUCGUUUUCUUUUAAUGUAUAAUGUUUACAUUAUUUAAUGACAAGUCAUCAAUUUAAGGACUUACAUGGACUGUUGCAAAAAUAUUGACGGGUUGCGAAUUGAAUUUGUUGUAAUUUAGAUUGUAUAAAAAUAAAUUGUUCAUAAAUCUCUUCUGUUAUAAGUGUCCUAAGUUUUAUCUUACUGUAGAUUUUUAACUUAUUUUUGUUUAAAUGAUAUUUUUGUAAUUUAAUUAAGUAAGUAUUGUAUAACUUAAUAAAGAGUAAAUAAAGC